UCAACUUGUCGGGCUGGCGGCGAGUCCUACUCCGGUCGCGCGACGUCCACACACGACCGCUCGACACGAUAUCGCAGAGCGUCCGACACGGCGACACACAGUCGUCUAGUCCGUGCGGCGUCAUCACGUAGCCCCGUCGUCGUCGUCACUCGUCAGCAGCAACCGAUCCGCCGCGCGCCGUCGGCUGCCACGUUUCGACUGGGUAACGCGCGCGCACACGCGGUCGGUCGGGCGCGGAUCCGUCUCGUUGUUCGGUCGUCCGCUGUACCCGCAGCACGUUGUGUGAUACGUGUCGGUUUCUGCACGCCAACGUUGCUCGGCGGACGGGCCUGCUCGUGUCUCCCGAAGAACACACCUCCCGGCCACCAACGUAAACACAUCGGCAAGCCAACAUGACCGGUUCAAAAAUGUUAGCUUUAAUUUUAGUUGUGUUGGCAUUCAGCACAGGAUCAAUUCAAGCAUGGGAUUCUGAUCAAAUGGAGGUUUUUGAUCUGGUUGAAGAAAUGAAUAAUAUAAAUUUUUAUCAAUUUUUAGAAGUACCUGAAGAUGCUAACUCAUCAGCAAUACGACAUGCAUUUAGAAGGAUGUCAUUGAUAUUACAUCCCGAUAAAAACGACUCUCCAGAUGCAGAAGCCAGAUUCAGAGAAUUAGCAUCAAUUCAUGAUGUUUUACGGGACCCUGUAAAGCGUGGUCAUUAUGACAAAGUUUUAAGUGAAGGGUUACCGGAUUGGCAUCAUGCUGUUUAUUAUUAUAGAAGAGUUAGAAGAAUGGGUUUCCUUGAAAUGAUUGUUAUUCUCUUUUCUAUUAUAAGUGUUGGACAAUAUCUUGUGGCUUGGGGAUCAUAUAUUGAAAAUAAAUUCACUGUGGAAGAGUUAUUAAGUUCAAAAAUUAAAAAAAUUCGAAAACAAAAGAAAUAUCGAGGCGAUUCAACAUUACCGCCGGAAUUUGAUGUUAACAUACCAAAACCUAGUUUAAAAAAUACACUUCCAUGUCAAUUACCUUAUUGGUUAUGGAUAUUUAUCUUAAAAUCACCUUCACUUACAACCUCAGCCAUAUCAUUUUUGGUCACAAAAUUCAAAGAAAGAAAAAACAACCAAAAAAAAGUGGAUUUUGAAAAACCAGAACCAGUUAUACGUGAAAGAAUAAGACGUCGUAAAACGCCGUAUAAGAUACCUGAAAUUAAUGAUUAUAAAAAUACUAAUGGAGAUAUGAAUGGAAAAGUUAAUACUGAAAAAAAUGAUACUCCAGCAGUUGCUGGUGGUCUAUGGACUGACGAAGAUUUAUACGAAUUGUCACAGAUGGUAAAUAAGUUUCCCCCGGGUACAUCAGAUAGGUGGCAAAAGGUCGGCAAGGCAAUGCAACGUCCUGUUCCUGAAGUGGCAUAUAUGGCUAAUAAAAUGAAACAAAAUGGGUAUAAGGUGCCAACUCCUGGAGAAACAAUCGAGCCAGUUAUCACUGAAGAACCGAAGAAAGUAAAAACAAGAGCAACAGAAAACGCUGAGUCAAGUGACAAUUCAUGGACACAAAUUCAACAGAAAACAUUGGAAAAUGCUCUUAUUAAGUUUCCUAAAGGGUCUACUGAAAACCGCUGGGAAAAGAUAUCUAAAUGUGUACCAAAUAAAACUAAAGAAGAAUGUAUGGCGAGAUAUAAAGAAUUAAGUCAACAAGUGAAAAAGAAAAAAGAUUCAAUUGAUGAUGGUGUAGAAAAUGUUGAAAAUGAUACUAAUGAAUCGUGAAUUAUAUGAAUAAUGAAUUUCUAUAUACCUUGCUUUUAUGUCCCCUGUUUCUUCUUAAGUCUGAUUUGGUUGUGAUUAUUUAAGCUCAUAUUAUAAUUGACAUAACAUCAGUGUGUUAAUAGCCAAUUGAAAUGUAAAUCCAUGUACUAAAUUAAUAUUAACCCUAAACGCUUUAAAUGACUAUUGUCAAUCUUACAAAAAAACUAUUGAUCCCAAUUAAGAUAUAAUUUAUUGCCCUAUUAUGUUUUAACUAUUUUAUUCAUUAAAUAAAUUGUAUGUUAUACCUUUUUAAAAUUAA